AGCCCUGUUCACUCCCACAGCAGAAAGCAGUGUAGAGAUCAGGACAAAAGGCAAGCCUCAGAGGCAACUGAUACUCCCCUUGCCAGGGCCUUUGUACCCCAAGACUACAGCCAUUACUUAGGGAUGGCCAAUGAGCCAAGUGCCCACUCCACCUCCAAAGAAGAGGUUUUUGAGGCCUUUGGUGGGUCUGUGAAGACCAGCACCCCUGUGGGUUCAGGGGCCAGAGGCUUCAAGAGGAGUACCAAAAGGAGUCCACAUCACCUCUGGGCAAAUCACAGCAGUUUAGACGCUGAUCCGGAAUCAUCUGUAAGCAGCACGUCUGAAUCCUGGUCCAACUCAAGAAACACUUCCAGCCGAGAAGAUGAUGAGGAUGACAAAAAUCCUGUCAGGAAAGCAUUACGGCGAGCAGAAGCCCGACCUAAAAAUCAGGCUAAAAGCAUGGAGGACCUCACAUCCUCCCUGUCACCAAGGCAAGAGAGAAGACAAAAUCCAACUAUUGACCUGAGACGAACCAGUGAUGUGACCAUGCCAUCCCCUUCCUCAACCUUGUCCUCUGAUCCAGUGAGCCUGAAGAAAAUAAGCAAAUCAGUUCCUUCAUUCUGGCAGAAAGAGGAUGACAACAAUGUCUAUGAGGACGUUUUUCUCCCAGGAAGACAUAUACUGGACUUCUUUGACAUGGCCUCUGUGUCGUCUUUGAGCGGAAGCGUGAUGACCAUGGACAGCAGCGACUUUGGCAAUGUGGAGAUUCAAGGGAACAUCCAGUUCUCCAUCAACUACGUGAACAAGCUCAGGGAGUUCCACAUCUUUGUGGCUCAGUGCCAAGACUUGGCGUCCGUCGACCCCAAGAAAGGACGCUCAGACCCCUACGUCAAAAGCUACCUUGUCCCUGACAAAGUUCGUCUGGGAAAGAAGAAAACGUCCGUGAAGAAAAAGACACUUAAUCCGACUUUCAAUGAAAUCCUCAGGUAUCGAGUAGACAUGGAUUAUCUCAGGACGCAGACGCUUGUUCUCUCCGUUUGGCAUAACGACACAUUUGGUAGAAACAGCUUCUUGGGGGAGGUGGACGUAGACCUCUCCAAAUGGAACUUCGACCACACCCAGAUGAACUACUUAGCCUUGAAAAACAGGACUACAACACCCUCUCUGACGCCAUCAGGUGGUCGAGGAGAGAUAAGACUUGCCGUACGCUACCUGCCAAAGGUCAACAUCAAUGCAGGUGUGUCUAAGGAAGGCCUAGCCACAGGGGAGAUUCACAUUUGGGUGAAAGAAUGCAAGAACCUGCCUUUAAUCAGAGCCACCAUGGACCCAUACGUCAAGUGCUACGUGCUGCCGGACACGAGCAGGAAGAGUCGGCAGAAGACGCGCGUGCUGAGGAGGACGACGGAGCCCGUGUUUAACCACACCAUGGUGUACGACGGCAUCCGGGAGAUGGAUCUGGUGGAGGCUUGUGUGGAGCUCACAGUCUGGGACCGAGACAGGCUGGCCAGCAACCUGCUGGGGGGCCUCAGGCUCGGAGCUGGGACAGGUCAGAGUUACGGGUCGGCCGUGAACUGGAUGGACUCCAACCCCCUGGAGGUGGCGCUGUGGGGGCGCAUGGUGGCGCGUCCCAAUGAAUGGGUGGAGGACGUGCUGCCCUUCCGAAUGCUGAACUCUGCCAAAACUGCCUUCCGAUAAGUAAAGUACGUCAUACCCCCGGACUCAUUUUUAAACGGGCUGAAGAUGAACAAUGCAGAGAACAAUACGCGCUAAGUUAACGACCAACUAAUAGCCCGUUAGAGUAUGCGUCCACUAUAUAGUCGUUAUAAUAUCAUUCUGUUUGUCUCAUUUCUGCCAAAUCUUGCCUUCUUACUGCUGUACUUUUUAGGUUUUCUUGAUUUGGGCUCCCCCUACUGGUGUUGCAUGUCACCUACUUGCAAGUCACUGAUCAAUCCAAAUGGACCAUGUUAAAAGUGUAUUUGUUGUGUCCCCAUGGCAACAACACAGACACAAUUCUCUUUCUCACAAGCAUGGCCGCAGACAGAUCUCUUUUUCUAACAUGCAGACAAUUUUUCCAAGCGUAUAAAAAAGUUUUUUUUGGUUGACCCAUACCACAGGUUUCGAACUCAAGGUCAAGGGGCAUGAUAUGGUCCGCCAUAUCAUUUCGUGUUGCCCACCAAGUCAUUUUAUGUGGUCUGCCUCAUCAUUUUUGGGGUCCGCCAUGUCAUUUUAUGAGGUCUGCCACAACAAUUUAAGUGGCCCGCCACUCCUUUUUAGUUGCCCGCCAUAUUUUAUGCGGUUCGCCACUUUAAUCUGAAUUGCCCGCCACAUCAUUUCAUGUGCUCUGCCCCAUUAUUUUAAGCGGCUCACCACAUAAUUUACACUGUCCGCCACAUCAUUUAAGUGGCCCACCACAUGAACCUA